GCACCAACGUAUCCGCAACAGAGGCGCAGGAGGUCUCUCAUCUUCUUUCUUUCCCCUCCCCCCCCCCCACCGCGGACCACGUGUUCCUUGGUCGCCAUUUGACAGGCAUUGAAGGGAAGGUCAGCAACAGCAGAAACCAAAAGAGUGCACCAUAUGUGGCAAAAGGCCACUCUGCUCAGCGGCGCCACGCUUAGGAAUGGCGAGAGGGCGGACUACGCCGCUCGCUGCAAUUUCAUUCGUGAGGAGCGACACCUUCGGGCUCUUCUACGAGGAGAAGAAGAGCAGGCAUGGCGCGACGCGUGUGAUGCGUGGAGCGCGUCGCAUCGCACUCUCUGCAGGCACGAAGAAAAUGAACGUAUUCGACAAGCGGCCGCCAGCAAAGAGCAUUAUUCUAUUCAGCUUUAUCGAAACCCCAAUAGUCCGAUGCCAACGCUGGAUCCCAUAAACGGACUGUUGCUGUACGAUGGACUGCAAAGUCAUUCCUUUCUCUCUGCAUCGGCGUCCUGCUCCCCUCCGUUGGCACGUGAAUUGUCCGAUUUGUUGCUAUGGGAGUGGGAGAACCGGGUAGACUUGGAGGCGUGGGAGAGCGGAGAACGGCGAGCCAUGACGGUCGUCAUGGGCUGCAUCGUGGCAAAGCAUUACAGUCGUGAGCACAAAGGACAAGAACGCACGUGUGAGGCAGCGCUCAACGGUGCCACCGUACUGGAGUGGAAUUCAUAUCCUUCGUACGCCGUCUAA